AUGUUCUCUCUACUCUUCAUUCCCCUUCUUAUUCAAGCCCUCGUAGUAUCAGCUACAAACACCAAGAAAUUCGACCUAAAGAUAACAUGGCAAGACUAUGCCCCAGAUGGCUUCUCACGAAAGAUGCUGCUCGUCAACGGCCAAUCUCCUGGUCCUGUUCUUGAAAUCGAUCAGGAUGAUAAAGUUGUUGUGAAAGUGCACAAUGAAUCACCCAAUGAACUCACAAUUCACUACCAUGGUCUCGAAAUGAAAGGCACACCCUGGUCAGACGGCGUCCCAGGCGUAACCCAACACCCCAUCAAACCAGGCCACUCCUUCACAUACAAAUUCACAGCGACACAAUACGGAAGUUUCUGGUACCACUCUCACUUCCGGGGCCAAAUCGAAGACGGUCUCUACGGUGCAAUAAUCAUUCAUCCUCGAGAAGAUGAACCCAAUCCUUUCCACAUGAUCUCAGAAGAUACACACGCUAUUGCAAAAGCUGUGAAGGACGUCAAGCCGGUUGUUAUUUCGGACUUUGUCCAUCUUACUUCUGCUGAGAAGUGGGAUAUGACUGUUGCGGCUGGCAUUGAGGAUUCAUGCUAUGAUUCUAUCCUUUUUAAUGGAAAGGGAAGAGUGGAGUGUUUGGAUAAGGAUGUUGUGGCGGAGAAUUUGAAUGAGAUUCAGAAGGCGUAUCUUGCCAUGGUCCCUGGUGGUGCUGAGUUUACUGAUAAGUCCUGUCUCCCUGCUUCUGCCCUCAAUGCCAUCGCAGGAGGUCUGGGCAACGAAUCAGCCCUCCUCCCAGGUACAUUCUCCGGCUGCAAAGAAACAGACGGCCAAAUCGAAAAGAUCAAAAUCUCAAACUACUACGGCCAAUGGGAAUCGUGGGCAGCCUUCGACAUCAUCGGUGCAGUUAAUUUUGUCAGUGGAGUCUUCUCUAUUGAUGGACAUGAUAUGUGGGUUUAUGCCAUGGACGGCUCAUACAUUGAACCGCAGAAAGUACAGGCUAUUCCUGUCACUAACGGAGAUCGAUACUCUAUUCUUAUCAAGAUCAAGACUACUGGAGAGUAUAAGAUGAGAUUCAACUCGAACAGUGCGCCGCAGCUCAUCACGGGUCAUGCGAUACUCUCCGUGGAGGGAUACAGCGCUUAUGAGGAAGUUGAGCCGUAUAUCAGCCUCGUCGGUCUUCCUGCUUCAAAGGAAGUCGUCGUUUUCAACCAACUCAUCGCAGGCCCUUAUCCCCCAAGCCCACCCGCUCCCGUCGCAGACGUAACCUUCAACCUCAGCAUGGCCAUCAAGGGCGCUUCAUAUCUCUGGGCCCUAAACGAAUCAAAGCUCAUGUCCGACCAACUAGACGAACAACGCCCAACACUCUUCAACCCACAACCCUACAUCCAAAACAACGUCACCAUCUCAACACAGUUGAACCAAUGGGUAGACUUGGUGUUCGUGGCAACCCUCUUCCCCCAACCUCCCCACCCAAUCCACAAGCACGGCUCAAAAAUGUACUUUCUCGGUGCAGGAACAGGAUUAUUCAGAUGGAAUUCCGUGGAAGAAGCAAUCAAGGAGAUUCCUGACCAGUUUAAUCUGGUUAAUCCGCCUAUGAGAGAUGCGUUCCUGUCGACGCCUGCGGAGAUGGAGCCUAGUUGGGCUGUGGUGAGAUAUCAUGCUGCUGAUGCUGGACCUUGGCUGUUGCAUUGUCAUAUUAAUAAUCAUAUGGUUGGCGGCAUGAUGAUGGUUAUUCAGGAUGGUGUUGAUCAGUGGCCUGAGGUGCCGGAGGAGUAUGCUGAGUACGGGAAUGGGGAGUGA